AUGAAGGAUGGAGUGGAGAGAGAAGAGAAGAGAAACCAGGAUGGACAUGGAAGAGAAGAGAAAGAAGAUGACGAAGGACGUUGGAAGAGAAAGAGAAAGGAGAUGGACCCAAGAAGAGAAAGAAGAGAAGAGGAAGAGAAGGAGAAAGAAGAGGAAGAGAAAGGAUGGGUGGACGAAGAGAAGAUGAAAGGAGAAAGAAGAAAGAUGGUGGAUGGGGAAGAGAAGAGGAAAGAGAAGAUAGAUGAGACCAAAGAAGAGAAAGGAGAAGGAUGGAAAGUAGAUGGAAGAGGAAAGGAGGAAAGGAUGGGGAAGGAUGAGGAAGAGAAAGAGGAAGGGAAAGAAGAGGAGAAGAGGAAAGGGAUGGAUAGAGAAGAGAAGAGGAGAAGAGAGAGAAAGAAGAUGAGGAGAGAAGAGGAAGAGAAGAGAAAGAAAUGGAGAUGGAAGGAUGAAAGGAGAGAAAGAUGGAGGUGGAAGAGGAAGAGAAGGAUGGAAGAGAAGAGAAAGAAGAUGGAAGGAAGGAGGAAGGAGGAAGAGAAGAGAAAGGAGAAGAGAAGGAAGGAAGAUGAAGAAGAGAAGAGGAAAGAAGAAUGGAGAAGGAAGAGAAAGGAGAAGGAAGAGAAGAGAAAGGAGAUGGUAACGGGCAAGAAGAGAAAGGAGAAGAAUGAGAAGGAGAAAGGAAGAGGAAGAGAAGAGAAGGAGGAGGAAGGAGAAGACGGAGAAGAGAAAGGAGACGGACAAGAUGGGCAAGAGCAGAGAAGGAGACAGGGAAGAGAGGAAGACAAAGAGAGAAGAAAGGAGACGGGUAAGUAG